UAACAAACACUGAGAUAAAACGUAACCUCUUGGUUGUCUGAACUUUUAGUCUAGAAUACGCCUGGAUUAAGGGGAAAAUGUCUCUGAUUUUGAACAAAGCUUUUCUUGCAGAGAGGUGGCAGACCUUGUGAAUAUCAGGCUUGUUCGAGAUGAACUGCGUCUGACUUUGGCUGUCAACGUGAACUUCAGAGGCUAACGCCAUAGUGUGGAGAUGCUGAACUCUGAGGAUUUUGAGUCUACUUUUGUCAAGAAAGAGAGGGAAUGGAAGGAGUUACAGGCACUACACACUCGACAGCUAGAGUUUGCCCUAAAGAAAGCCACAACUGAACUUUAUGCCCAAAGGAAGCAUUUCCAGUGCCUUAUGGAGGACUUUCAAUUCAAUCUCAAGUUGUUGGAAGAAAGGGAUCAUAAACUACAGUGUUAUGAUGCCAUUAUUACAAAGUUUCAAGUCAAUGACUGUACAAGACAAGAAGAAGUGAGUGAGCUGCAUGUACAAAUCGGCAAGCUUCAGGAAACCAGAAUGCAAGAGAAGAGACAGUGUUCAGAACUGUAUACCAGACACCAAGAAGAGAUGGCCGACCUGCAGCUACAUUUGAACACAGUGUGUAGUGAAAAGAAUGAAGAAAUUCAGAGACUGGAGGAAGAGAAUGAAGGGCUAAAGAACAGCUUAAGGCUUAAGGUACAACAGGCAGAGGGGGAGCUGGCAUUGCAAAAACCGGAAAUGAUGGCAUACUUUGAUGUUGAAAUGCGAAAACAAGAACAUGAGUUCAACCUGAGGAUUGAUGACCUGUGCAAUGAAGUCCUGUCUCAUAAGCUCAAGGUGGAGCUAUUGAAUAAGGAGCUGGAGGUACACACCAGAACUCAAAGUCAAGCCACUCAAGCCUUACAAGCCUCUGAGGAUCAGUGCUACCAGGCUCACAAAGAAAUCCAGCAUAAAGACUGGGUCCUGAAAAGUAUAAUUUCAAUGAAGGAUACUAGAAUACAGGAGCUUGAGGAUCAACUGAGCCAAAUGGAGCACAAACACGAAAAGGAAGAGGAGAAAGCAUGCAGAAUGUAUGCAGAACUGGAGGCCCAUGCUCGGGAUAGAGAGACUGUGCUAACCCACAUGAGUGAUGUCCAUGCUGAACAGCUUUGUGAAGCAGAGACUAGGAGAAGAGAGCUACAAACACAGCUGGAUGUCUUACUGGCUGAACAGACCAUGAGAGACAGAAGCCAUACAAAAGAAUUGCAGCAGAGGGAUCAGGAGAUUCUGAGGCUUCGCUCAGAGCUUGAAGCAACAAGAUCCAGCUGGGACACCUACAUCACACAGGUGUCAAAAGACAUGGUCAUCAAAGACACAGAGCUUCUGACCAUAAGAGAACAAGAAACAAAACUGCGGGAAGAAUUGAACAGAUGUAAUGAAGAUGUGAAACGGUACAAGCAGCAGUUAACAAAUGGGCUGAAGCAUGAACAGACAUUAGAACAGAAGUUGGUGCAGUUGGAGCUGGAUUGGAAGAGGCGUUGUGAGGAUGUGCGGGCUGAGGACUACAUCAGAGACAAAGAGCUUGUAGAAAGUCUCACCUUCUCCAGAGACAAAGCAAUGGCUGCACUGUUUGACAAGGACAAAGAAUUGAAAGAGAUGAAAGUCCUGCUGAAUACAUUCACCACAGAAAAGGCGCAGACCUUGGAGGGAAAACAUCAUGGAUUACCAAAUAAGCAGACUCCUGAACUCGGUCAUGCCACCUCAGAGAUUUACAAGCUGCAGAAGCAGAAUGCAAGUCUGCGUGCUGUGGUUGCUGAAAUGAGAAAAGAGAUGGAGAACCUAACUAGAGAGCUUUCUCCCACACCGACGGUCAGCCACACUGAGAACAAGAAAAUGCAAUAUUGCCCAACAGAUAGAACAGAGGAUACCCAUACCAUGGAAGAAGAAAUGAAAGAACUGAAAGCCAGGUGCUUGUACAUUGAUGGCUGCUUGGAAGAGGGCUCUACGACAGCCACACCUACACUCAAUCCUACUGCCUCUGAGAAACUUGUGAGCCAUAUCAGAAGUCUAAGGAGCACCAUAAAUAGACUUCAAAUGGAAAAAGGAUCCAAUCUUGCAGCACUGAAGGAAAAACAAAUCAGGAUAGCAUUUCUAGAGACUGCUGUUGCCCAUUUUCUGCAAAAGAGUCACUCUACGCAAACAGAGAAUGAGGAGCUACUCCAAGAACUGUUCAGUAAAAAGAGAUGGAGUGUUACUAUAGAAGAAGAUGAAAAAGAUAGCCAGAAAUCAGGGCAGGAUGUUUCAAAGGACCUAAUCAUUAAAGACUCCACAUUACCAGAAAAACUCAGACAAGCAGUGUGGUGGAUGUCACGGCUUAGCAGAGAAAAACAACAGCUAAUUGAGCUAGGCAACUGUCUUCGAGCACAACUCACAGAGGCAGGACUGGAAGAACUGGUCCCAACAACAAAAGGGCAAAGACAAGACCAUAGUCACCUGUCCACCCUGGAGCUCCUGCAAUACCAACUCACUUCUCAGGAGUUACAGUAUGCUCAACUGGAUCAUAGCAACAAGUCACUCCCAAUAAUGAAGCCUGCUGUCUCAAAUAGUCAGCAUGAAGACAAAUAUCAACCCAGUCAAACUAAUCAAUGGACACAGAAUAUUGUUUGCAGGAAAGACACCACCCCCACCUUGUCAAGUGAAUUUAAGUCCUCCACCAUUCCAUCAUCUCCCUGGAUAUCCUCUGUUGACACAGAUUGCUCUUUGCAAGAUGUUUGGCAAAUAUUAGAGAAAGGUCUGAGUCCAACUGUCCUCACACCCACAGGAAGUACUGACCAAGUACUCCCUGUCUUCAAACCACAGCUCAAAGAGGGUUGUGAAGAAAAAUCAGAGUCGAUAACCAUCACUGUUUCCCCCAGAAUUCAGUAUAACACAUCAGACCAGGAGGGAAAGAAACAAGCAGGAAUGAUGCACAAAGUCAAAACAACAAGGGCUCCUGGAAAGAGAGUGGAGAUAAGGCACUACAACAUUAAAGACUAAGAUAAUAACUUUUAGUAGAUAUUGCCCCAGAAUUGUUUUGUAUUUUGUAGGCUAUACAUUAAAUUUCCAUAUAAGAAUGACUGUUAGCUAGAAUAUGAUGGAAGAUAAAUAUUUAAUAAAUACAUUGUUUAUAUGAAAA